GCACGAGUCUUUCCACUUCCUCAGUCCCCACUCCGUCGCCCUCCUCCUGUCGCCCGUUCGGACACAGCUCGCUCCCCAGCUCCAAAACCCUAACUCGGGAGCUACUGAGCUAGUACGAAGAAACCCCGCGCGGAGGAGCUCGACGAGUACAGCUGCCCCGCCCCUCAGUCCGCUGCUGGCUAUCGCCAUUUGUUGUGGCUACAGACUUCAGGCCCGUUGAUGCAAGAACACUUUAACUGUCAGAUUGGAUGAUAAGUUUCCAACUUGCCAUGAUAUAAAUGCUCAGCAGCUAAUUGUUGCCAAGGAAGCAGUGGUUAAUCAGCCAGCCAGUGAAAAUGCAAUCCCAGUCUAGCAGUCGUGUCAAAAUGUUGGCAAAAGUAGAUGGAUCGGGUGCAAUUGAUUAUUCAGUUGACCCAAGUACAUUUGGUUUUCCACAAGAUGCUAAUCAGGAAUUCUUUAACCGAGCUUUACAGUAUGAUUAUUCGGUUUCAAGGCAGGGCUUUGAAGAUAAAGGAUUUUUACCAAGUCUUCCAGAUCAUGUUGUGAAUAGUACUUCUUCUGCACUCGGAGAAUAUCAACAACUUGACGACUUCUUGAGGCAUCUUGAGCCUAUAGAAUCUGAUGGACAGCGGGUGCAAAAUAAUAACGGUAAUAUCGCACAUUUCAGUAGAGCUUCGAAUACAUCCUGCCUUGAUCAUGUAGAAGAUAUAACUUCUUAUGAUGUUGAUUGUCGUGAUGAUAGAGCUAUCUCAUUUGGAAGUAGUUGCAGCACAGGAAUUGCAAGUUAUCCUUAUAUAAACCUUUUGCAAAGCAAUAACUGCAUUGCAGAUACGGAGGAUGGCACUUGGGCAGCUCUUAUGCAAAUGCAAGAGGCCUUGGAAGCGUCUAAUGAAGAGUGCAGUGACUUGACUUUCAAUAAUACAGAACUUUCAGGCGGGAGCACGAUGCAGCAUCAAGUUGUUUGGGACAACGGCUGUUUAACAAGUCCAUCUUUUACCUCAAACUUUUUACCCUUCCCUGGAGAGGCUGAAGCAACUGUCACAAAUACAAGAAAUAUUUGUCACUUACAGAACUUGGUUGAUAUGCCGCAUGAUAAUGAGCAGGACAUAUCAUCUUUUGAGCUCAAAGUGCCUGAACCGAAAGGGACAACUACAAGCAAUGUUUGUGAGCGUCGAGAUGAAAUGCAUUCUGCACAAUGGGGGGCAUAUCCUGGUCACAAUGAAUCUUCUGUAUUGAUGCCAGUGGCCCAGGACAGACAGAAUAGCAUAUCACACCAACAGUUGAGUGUGUCUGUAAACGGUGUAGAUGGAUCUGUAGAUAAUGACAUGAAAAAGUUACACGGCAUUUAUGAAUGUGAGGAGCAAAUGGAAAUUGAUUCACUUCUAAAUUCAUUUGGUGCAUCAAGUGAUACCUUUUCACAGGCUUAUGAAAUAUUCCAAAAAGGUGAAACUCUUUCUGACGUUGAUAAAAAGGUUAAAUUAGAGGAAAGCAGUUCUGCUACAUGCGUCAGUGAUACUGUCUCGUACACUACACAAGCUGGAGCCGCUGAGUCAGCUCUAUCUAAUGGAUCCUCUUGUGCUCAACAGUAUCAAUCUACUUCCCAAUCAUGUGGUUUAUUUUCUUCAGAAUCUCAGUGGAAAACCAUGGCCGGUUCUGCUUUUCCUUUGUGGGGUUGUCAAAAUGGUGUUAAUGAGUAUAAUUCAUUGCAUACGCUCGAGACAAAUCAUAAAGAUCACUUGUUAUACUCUGGCCAUACUUCAGUGCAGCAACAACAGAGUGAAUCUAAAACUACUAAAUUGGAAUUAAUUGACAAUGCUGGUAGCCCUUAUCAAGAGUUCACAACUGGUGUGGAUGGUCCAUUUUGUGCCAAAAGGGGAACCGUAAGUGUAUGGGCAGCACACCCUAGUAUAAUGGAAAAUUGCUCCUCUAGAGUACAUUCAACUCAUACUGAACCUUCUGAUAUGCAGCUGCCUGUGACACCAACUGCUCAUAUUCAGGUUCAGCUGCCUGCUCCUAGCUUAUCCAUGGAAUCCAACUCAUCAUUGAUAGGAGGAACAGAGCUUAAGAAGGUUAACCAAUGUCAUCCAGAUGUGCAGCUUCCCAUGACACAGACUAGUCAUGUUCAGCUGCCUGCUCAGAGCUUUUCCAAGGACCCCAAUUCAUCAUCUAUUGAAAUUACAGAGCUUAAGAAGGUUGAACAACAUCAUCCAGAUACACAGCUUCCCAUUACACAGAUCAGUCAUGUUCAGCUGCCUUCUCCAAGCUCGUCCAAGGACCCCAACUCGGCACUUACUGGACGGACAGGACUUAAGAAGUUUCAACAUCAUUCAGAUAUGCAGUUCUCUAUGACACAGACCAAUCACGUUCAGCUGCCUGUUCCAAGCCUGUCGAAGGAUCCCAACUCAGCAUUAAUUGAAGGAACAGAGCUUAAGAAGGUUGAGCAACAUCAUUUAGAUAUGCAGCUUCCCAUGACACAUACCAGUCAUGCUCAGCUGCCUGCUCCGAGCUUGUCCAAGGACCCGAACCCAGCAUUUAUUGGAGGAACAAAACUUAAGAACGUUGAGCAACUUGACAACUAUAGUCACGUUGGUAGUGAUCAGCAAAUUAUCCUACUCUCAGCAAGCAAACCUUCAUGUUCAAGCGGUUCACCAAUUAAAAAGUUUGAUGACAUGGUGGAUUCACGACCCAAAAAGCGGAAAAGGCCAGCUGCAAAUCUUCUAGUGCAGCAUGCACAAGUCAUGUCUGGGUGUGGGAGCAAGCCUUGUAAAAGAACACCUGAGUUGGAUUUGGCUCGUGCCACCAGAACAUCAGUCAAGAAGGUGGAUGGUGAAAACGCAACGAUGCAACAUAGCACCUUCAUUUCUCGAGCUCAGGAAAGACUUGUUUUAACGACUAGCUUGAUUCAACAUGUCCUUCCUGUUCUGCCAGCGAGACUUCUUGCCUCAAAUGUUACUAAUCCCAGUGAAACCAUUGUGUACCACAUUUCGAAACUGGCGGUCAGUGAUAUACUCGACCCUGUUUUAUCGUUUGGCAGUGACCCCAAUAACUUCACACGAAGUGAAAAGAUGCCACCGAGCGAGACCAGCACUUCUGGAAAGGAAGGCAGUAAAAUCUUAUCUGAAGUUCUGGCAACCUUUGUCACGAGGUAUGGCAAGUUGGAAAGCUCCUUGUCAAGAGUCGAGAAGGCACUCACUUUCCAGGAUUUUGCAUUUGAGCUACGGGAGAUCGACCGGUGGUCCAUUCUCAAUCACUUAGUAAAGUUUGGCGAAUACAAAACACUGCAAGCUGGUGGCUGCUCGAAUCCUGGGCCAGAUCCCUCCAGCACAAUCAUCCGGAAGCAUGUCAGAGUUGCUGCUACGGCACCACUAUGCUUACCGGACGGCGUCCGAUGCCGCGUACUGAAGUAGCUGCGCACGUUGAAAACAAGAGUAGUGGAGUUGCUCGGUGGCUAACAAAUCUUUUCCUGUUCUGCCCUGCUCUCGGCAGCCCUGCGGUUGUCAUGAUAUCGGGAUGUUCAGGAAUAUUUGUAACCAUACUAAAUUACCAGUGUACUGACGGUCUUGUGCUAGGAGAUUAGGUGUUAACGUCUUGCAGUAUGUUCUAGGAUGAGUUAGGAUGAGGUGCGGGUGAUUUUAUCUUGCCAACGGAACGAGAAUAUGCGUACUAAGUGUUAAAUUUAGAACGAAGUGACGCAUGAUUCAGGGGCCUCUUAUGAGUUGCCCACUGACGAUCGAUA